AUCGCAGGGUAGAUCGCUGCAGUGUAAUCGCUGCAGUGUAAUCGCAGCGAUUUGCUCUGUUUUAGCGAUUUGCCCUGAUGACUGAUUUGUUGUACACAGUUUUUGCUCGUCUCGGAAAGGGUGGAGUAUACGAGUAUCAUCUCUACCUCUAGACGUCCAAACUCCUAAUAUUGCAAACUAAGCUCAGCUUCUUGAGUUGCAUCAAGGUCAAGGGAUGGACAUCUAUUGGAGAGAUGCAUGUAUAUGUCCAAUCGAAGACGACUACAAACGAAUGGUGAAACAAAAGACUGGCGGUCUUUUCAAGCUAGCAGUGGAGCUAAUGCAGCUAUUUAGUGAAAAUAAAAGAUUAGCGCAGAUGCAAAUGAAGGUAUUCCGACCAAUAGACGAACGUGAUGUCAUCAUGAGGCUCCAUCUCUCUUUGUGUGCUACUACAACAACCAAACGUCUAUCUAGAGAAGCGGCACAAAGAACGAGACGUCUACAUUCUUUACGUCUUGGCUGUAAGACUGUCUUGGUACUUCUUGAAAAAGUGACACACGUUGCUGUCUUUUUCCGUAUGUCGAGAAUGGACGCAGGAUAACUGUAGGGUGGGCAAUCACCAACUUUGAAGUAUUGAUUUUGUGUGAAGUUAGCUGACUCGGGACUCUUGCGAUCUCCGUAGCUGCGAACUUCACUAUUGGAUUU